GACUGGCUGGAGGCCAAACAACCUGACUGCUCCAAACACUUCUACAUCAGCAGACCUGUCACCAUGGCAACAAGACCCACAGCCUGGCAGGAGCAGUGCCCUGUCAACUUACUUGACGAGUCGGUCAAUGAGUCUUGGGCGAGGGGUGACAACUUCCCUCUGAAAGGCUUAAAGGCACCCAAGGCAGAACCCGAGGAGGAUAUAGACAUCCUGGAGCCUGAUGCUCAGGUCAAUACUCAGCGGGAGAAAGAGACUAUCUCAAAAAUCAAAACAGCUGAUGCGACUAAAAUGGAAAAUGAAGGAGCUGCGAGAAUAAGGGAGACAGAGGAAGCAGUGAUGGGAUCAGAGCAAGUUCCUAAAAACCUAUCGGGAGGACUAAAGACUCAAGAGGAACCUGAAGUUGAGUUAUGCAAGGAAGUUUUCCCACCUACACCUUCCUUGGGUGCCUUAUCAGCAGGAGUACACCGUGACAAAGAGGGCUUUUCCAGCCUUGAGGGUGAGGUGGCAGAGUGUAUCAGUGAUGUUGAUGUCAUUUCAGACCCAACAGAAGACAUUACUUCUUUGGAUAGCCACAAUAGUCAAGAAUGGCUAAAGGCAUCUCAGAUGACUAAACUAGCUGAUCAGAAGACAUAUAAACCAUCUGUAACAGAUGUAAUAAGUACCGGUAUAGUGGAAAAUAAUGUGUUACGACCUGCUCACCCUUCUCCCUCUGGCAUUAACAUUACAGAUGACGCGCAUACUGUGAGUUCCCCUCCUUUUGCAGAUGAAAGUGAGGAAGAAGAGGAAGUGGGCAUUGCUAUUAUGGAACUGAACACAUUAAAUAUCAACAGCAAGUCUUUCCAACCUUUAUAUUUAGCUUCCACUAAUCAAGAGCCAGACUCAGCUUUGCAUGCAAAACCCUCAGAUAAACACCAGGAGGGGCUGUUGUUAAAGAACCGACGUGAACCUGCCCUCAGAGGUGUAAACCAGGAAGCAGGACAACAGGUGCCUGGCCAGGGAUCUCCACCUUUGUCGACUGUUGCCAUGGAGCCGUCCAAUCCAGGUGGGGCUGCUUCUGCUACAGGCUUUGCUUGCAUUGUUGCUGUGAGAGAAAGGCACAGCAGGGCGGGGGAAAGAACAGAGGGAGAAAAUGAGCAAACAGGUGGGGAGGAAGGGCAGAAAGAGAGCGGACUUAAAAGGAACAAGCCAGCUGGGCAGCAACACAGCGGGGAACUGUUAAGAUAUUCACAAACAGUCCAAAUACAAGAGCCGGAGAUAGAAAAAUAUAGCUGUGGUGUGUCUCUGAAGCACAGCAACCACACCAGGAUGGAGAAUGACUCAUGUGACGAUAGCCAGAGUGACAGUGGAGUAUCAGCUGAUUUCUCCCCGUCCAACACUUUGGAGAGCUCUCCAUCAACUGUAUCCAGAGAGACUCCAAUUGAGAGGGAGAUCCGAAGGUCUAUAGAGCGGGAACAUAGCCUGAGAAGAUCCAGAGGGCUUCCAAAUCUACACAUCACUCCAGAGUAUGUAGAGGUUCCCUUAAGAAAAACUGUUCUUUCCAAUUCAGUAGCUGUGAAGACUGAGUGGUGUCAAGACAAAGAUAGAGAGUUUGCUGGCAAAAAGAUGCUGCAUGAAAUUCAAACGGAGACCCAGAGGGAGCAGGAUCUGGUCAAGCUUGGGAAAAUUCCAGGUUUUUAUGAUAAAGGCACAGUCCGACAAAUAAGGGAGAAGAAACAGAUCUAUGAGACCUUUCAGACACCCAGUGACUCAACUUUUACAGCCUCAACCAGUCGCAGGGCUCCAUCGGUUUCUUCUGUCAGCAAUGGUUCAACUCCCAAGAAGCAGGAAGACAUCUCAUCACAGGUGUCCACCACAGAAGACACACGUGUCGAGAAGAGACACAGUUUGGAUCUUCUUAGCCCGACACAGACCCCAAACUCUCCCAUAGGACGGAGUGUAACCAAAAACGGUCUUCAAGGACCAGGUAUCUCACAGGGGACAAGUCAACAAGUCAUAAUCUUAGAGAACAACCUGAAGAACACAACACAGAAGAAAAACCAAGACAAAUCAGAGGGUAUUACUGUUGUCGACUCUAGAAGUCCUUACAUCUUAUUGUCACAGAAAGGAGGGAAUGAAAAAGUAACAGAAAAAAGACAAGAAAAGGAGGAGGUGGAGGAUUUAGUACCCAAGGAGAACCCCUUUUUCAAGCUGCGCUCUUCAAAUAAUUUAGUGAAAGUGAAGGAGGAUAUCCAGGAGGCCCAGAAGAGGGAGAAGGAGCUUCGCAAGCAGAGGAUUAGUCUGUAUGGGGGCAGUGGUGGUGUUGGUGGUACACAAGGACAAGGAGGGGGAGAAAGAGAGGGAGGAAGGCCGGUCAGCAUGGAGUUAAAGAGUCCUGUGCUGUCAUUAAACGGACUGUCCAUUGCUGACACACCUGGGUCAUCAUCCAAAGGAGAAACUGGACCCUCAGCAGCACGCCUGUCAGUCAGCAAGUCAUUUGUGUGGCCCCCGGUCCAGGCUGAAGACGAGAAGAUUAACCGGCCAGAGCUCCCCCAGAGUCCUCGUACCCCUAGACAGAAGUCUCCUCUAGUGCUGCGCUGGGAAUCAGGUCUGAUCAAUGGACACAACAAGGACUGAGACUGAGAAAGGUCUCUUUACAGAGACCUGCAGACGGGAAUAAGGAACAACGAUGAAGAGGAAGAAGGAGGGAACGUGGAGUGAGAAAGAGGUCAGGGAUUGAGGCUAGAAAAGGGGUCGGGAGUAUUGGGAGCAAGGAACAUGAUUUGUGGUGGACUAAAAAAAACCCGGAAGAGUCCUUCAGCAAAGAAGAGAUGUGAAUGGAGAGCGUGGGGCACCUAUAAGUAGAUAAGCUCCUGGCCUGCUUCAGGUGCUGAAAACCCUUAAGACUAAUGAAUGUAAAAAGACAAUAAAAAUAAAAAUAAUAUGUGGGAGAAAAGAAGAAUUUAGGAGAUUUUCAAACAAUCAGGAACUCCUUCAUCUGUGGAUUUCUUAUGUUUUGAAAAAACAAUGUGUCAUCAAGAGUCUUAUGUGCUUAACAAUAUCUACAUAGAGGAAAUAAUUUAGUUUAUCACACAUGUAAACACCUUAUGCAAUCUGAUACAACAGCCAUCUAAUAAACCCUAUCUUUGCC